UGCUGUAAAUUUUUGUGGACGGCAGCGCUCGUUUGUUUGCAUGCGCAAUGGUUUGUUUUAUUUGUUUAUACUAUUUAUACAAGUUCUAAAACUUUUAGUUACUAGUUUUUACUUGAUUAUUGGUGGCAAAUGGCCAAAUUCACAGCGCGUCAGCUGCUGCAAAACAUUUUCGAGGAGAAUGAACGAGAGGAGCUUUUGCCCUAUACUGAGAGCAGCACGAAUCUGGAUGUGUCUGAUAUCUGCGACACGGAUGGCAUGUCAAACCUGUUUGACGGGGACCUGAAUAGCAGUCUGGAGCAGGAGGAUGAAGGCGACUCUGCGGAGGAAACCCCAGCCAUGACACAGGGACCUCCGGCUGCUGUGCAGCCUCCCUCCACUUCACAGGCCUCAGAUGAGCUCAACGUUUCUCUGAUCGAAAACGAACCACACGAGGCGUUCUGGGAUGAGAUGGCGCACUUCACCGCAAGCCCGUCCCCGGCCGCCACCGUCACACCCGCAAAGGAAAAGACCAAAACCAGCCAAAAAGCUGCCGAAAAGCUCCAAACUUCUUUCCUUAAACCCUGCUGCAAACAAAUGUGCUACUUGAGAAAGCAAAUUUCACCGCACGUGCUGCUGGAUCACCGAAGCGAAUUUUUGAAGCGUUUAGGAUAAUUUUUUUUAAAUUCUCCAAUUUUUUGGAAUUUUUUUUUCAAUUUUCUUCAUUAUUUUUCGAAUUUUUUCUUGUGCAAACUCUUUUUGGUCAGUGGUCCCUUAGCAAGAAUGGACAAAUUAUGCUCGCUGACAAUAAAACUGAGCUUAAUUCCCUUUAUUUUAGCAUUUUCAGUCAUGCAAUAACUGGGUUUAAGAAAUUGACCACUGGUCACUUGGCCUUGCGCUACAUGCUGGACAGCU